AUGUAUCAUCACACCGAGACGACGAGCAUUAAGGAGCUGGAGAGAGCCAUCUACCACGAAUACCCGGACAGAGAGGACGGCCAGGCUGUGUUGACAAUCAUCCAUGCACGUGGGACUUCUCAAUAUGAAGGCGGAGGGACUGAGCACCCCAGUACCGACACACGGUUCAGAAAUAUCAUCAGGCAGUAUUCGAGGACGAACACAAGGACAUUAACAGUGGCACUGGAGACGCCAACCAAAAAGUACACCGACUUCACGCUCAAGGAGGUCAACAACCUGUAUGAGAUAUCGAACACGGAAGCACCAACCUUAUCUGACCUACCGCACUUCACUGGCAUCUCGACAGAGCCACUUGAUUCCAAAGCGCACAAGGAGUCGCUUCGGAGACUGCUUGACGAGAUCGAUUCCAGGAUUCGGGCGAUCCCUUCAAUCACCUUUUCCAAUGACGCCACAUGCUCUGCCUACGUAUGCUCGUUCUUAACGCAGGCCGUCCUGAUAUUCAAUGGCGAGCUGACACUUGAACCCGAGAGACUGCUCCGAGGCAGACAUGGGCAUGGCAAGGUCGACUAUGCUAUCGAGGCUCUUGCUGAAGAUGGUUCGAGACACGUACUGGCCGUGACAAAGGUCAAGCAUGAGGACUACCGCAAGGGUUUGGCGCAGAACCUUGUUCAGCUGGAGUUCAUCAGCGACAAGAGGAACAGUUCCGUCCCUUUGAGAGCGUAUGGCAUUGUCACUAAUGCCAUCUACUGGUUCUUCGUGGAAUGCACCAUCGACCAGUCACAAGAGUCUGGAGACCGGCCCAAGUUCAGGGUAUCGAAGCUGAAGGACAUCAUCAACUAUGCCAAGGACACUUGGGGAGUCGAAGCCGAGUCUGUGCUGGGCCAAAUUGUGUGGCUCAUGAGGAAGAUGCAUUCUGAGAUCCUAGAACGCGAGCUCCAGCUCAAAAAACAAAAGUUCACCACAUCUGAGCAGUCGGCUCCGUCCGCGCGCACGGUGGGCAAAAUGCAGCGAGUCUAG